UUGUUUGAUAAUUAUUUUCAAAAUCCCAGAAACCUCAAGCCGACGUUAAUGUGCACGGAAGUCGCAUUGAUCCAUUCAGACUGAUUAAGAUUGGAGCAGAUUUCAAUGUCCUCGACUAUCUUCUGCUCCGAAACCAUUCUGAUAUCCUCAAAACCCCUAGUUAGGGGUUUUCUGCUCCUGAUUUAUUAGACUAGAUCUUCGACAACCUCUUCGGGGUUCUUAUUUUAGAAGAUUCACAUUCUUGUUUUCAAUUUUUAUUUGUAGACCUCCAGUUUUGAGUCGAGAAUGAAAUCCUUGGCGGCUAGGGUUUUCUUUAUUUGUCUUCUUCUUUGUACUCGCUCCAGUUUCAUUCAAUCGGACCAACAGGAGUCGAACAAGAACAAGUUUCGGGAACGAGAGGCCAGCGACGAUGCCCUUGGAUACCCUAACUUAGAUGAGGAUGCUUUGUUAAAUACACGGUGCCCUCGAAAUUUGGAGUUGAGAUGGCAGACAGAGGUUAGCUCUAGCAUAUAUGCUACCCCAUUGAUCGCUGAUAUUAACAGUGAUGGAAAGCUUGAUAUAGUGGUUCCUUCUUUUGUUCAUUAUCUGGAGGUCUUAGAAGGUUCUGAUGGAGAUAAAAUGCCUGGCUGGCCUGCAUUUCACCAGUCAACUGUCCAUUCCAGUCCUCUUCUGUAUGAUAUCGACAAGGAUGGUGUAAGAGAAAUAGCUUUGGCUACCUACAAUGGUGAAGUGCUUUUCUUCAGGGUCUCAGGUUACAUGAUGACUGAUAAGCUAGAGGUGCCUCGAAGGAGAGUUCGGAAAGAUUGGUACGUGGGUUUAAAUCCAGAUCCAGUGGAUCGUUCUCAUCCAGAUGUUAAGGAUGACCAACUUGUUCAGGAAGCUGCUGAUAUGAAAUUAUUCUCCCAAAUGAAUGGAAGUACAUCUGGGUCAAACACUUCCGUUCUUACAUCAGCAGAAAGUCACCUUGGCACAGCGAAUGCAUCCAAUCUAGAGAACAAUGGGAAAACAAAUGGAAAUGAAACAGAGACAAACAUUAAGCUGCCAACAAGCACACAUAAUUCUUCUGAGGAUAUUGGGUCUGUCAGGACCAGUAAUGCCGAGAAUGGGACAAACACAGGAAGAAGGCUUCUUGAAGAUAAUGAUUCAAAAGGGUCACAAGAGGGUCAUUCUCAAUCCAAAGAAAAUAGUAGUGGGGAUGGUCAAUCUGUGAAUGUGCAAAAUGAUGAGGCUUUGGAAGCGGAAGCUGAUUCAUCUUUUGAGCUAUUCCGUGAAAAUGAUGAGCUGGCUGAUGAGUAUAGUUAUGACUAUGAUGAUUAUGUUGAUGAAUCCAUGUGGGGAGAUGAGGGGUGGACUGAAGGGCAACAUGAGAAAAUGGAGGAUUAUGUGAACAUUGACUCGCAUAUCCUAUGUACUCCAGUCAUAGCAGACAUUGAUAAUGAUGGGGUGUCAGAAAUGGUUGUUGCUGUGUCCUAUUUCUUUGAUCAUGAGUACUAUGACAACCAAGAGCAUUUGAAGGAACUGGGUGAUAUUGACAUUGGAAAAUAUGUAGCUGGUGCUAUUGUUGUUUUCAACCUUGAUACAAAGCAAGUUAAGUGGACUACACCACUAGAUCUUAGUACUGAUGCUGGAAACUUCCGUGCUUAUAUAUAUUCUUCCCCAACUGUUGUUGAUUUGGAUGGUGAUGGGAAUUUGGACAUUCUUGUUGGAACCUCCUUCGGCUUGUUUUAUGUCCUUGAUCAUCAUGGCAAGAUAAGAGAAAAGUUUCCUCUUGAAAUGGCUGAAAUUCAGGGAGGUGUAGUUGCAGCUGAUAUCAAUGAUGAUGGUAAAAUUGAGCUAGUGACUGCUGACACCCAUGGCAAUAUUGCUGCAUGGACUGCGCAGGGAAAAGAGAUUUGGGAAACACAUGUUAAGAGUCUUGUUCCACAGGCUCCUACGAUUGGCGAUGUUGAUGGGGAUGGGCACACCGAUGUUGUGGUUCCAACACUAUCAGGAAAUAUAUAUGUUCUUAAUGGCAAGGAUGGAUCACAAGUUCGUCCAUACCCUUAUAGAACUCAUGGAAGAGUGAUGAAUCAAGUUCUUCUUGUUGAUUUAAGUAAACGUGGGGAAAAAAAGAAGGGACUUACUCUUGUUACAACAUCAUUUGACGGUUAUUUGUACCUUAUAGAUGGACCCACAUCAUGUGCUGAUGUUGUUGAUAUUGGUGAAACUUCAUAUAGCAUGGUCCUGGCGGACAAUGUUGAUGGUGGAGAUGAUCUUGAUCUUAUUGUUACAACCAUGAAUGGCAAUGUAUUUUGCUUUUCAACUCCUGCUCCACAUCAUCCCCUCAAGGCAUGGAGAUCACCCAACCAGGGAAGAAACAAUGUUGCAAACCGGCACAGCCGUGAAGGGAUUUAUAUUUCACAGUCAUCAAGAGCUUUCCGUGAUGAAGAAGGCAAGAGCUUUUGGGUGGAAAUAGAGAUUGUAGACAAAUACAGAUUCCCAUCAGGGUCUCAAGCUCCUUAUAAUGUCACAACAACUUUGUUGGUUCCUGGUAACUACCAAGGAGAGAGAAGAAUAAAGCAAAACCAGACCUUUGAUCGUGCUGGAAAACAUCGAAUAAAACUUCCAACAGUUGGAGUUAGGACAACAGGGACAGUUUUGGUGGAGAUGGUAGACAAGAACGGACUCUAUUUCUCAGAUGAUUUCUCCCUUACAUUCCAUAUGCAUUAUUACAAACUGCUGAAGUGGCUUCUUGUCCUCCCAAUGCUUGCAAUGUUUGGAGUGCUGGUCAUCCUACGACCACAGGAGGCCAUGCCUUUGCCAUCAUUCUCACGGAACACUGAUUUGUGAUGAUUAUAUGGUAUCACACCUGGACACAUUUAUACCAAAGUUCACAAAGCGCGAAUGGUUAUCUUUACUUUUCACCCAGAACAGGAAAAAAAAAAAAAAAAAAAACACUUUGAAACGUUUGUGCUAUUUUGGUGAAGUGUUUGAUUACCGAAUUCAAUCUCACAUCCAUCUGAAUGAAAAGAGUUAUUUUCUGGAACCGGCUGAAUUAAGAGUUUCCAAAAUAGUGAGUUGAAAUUGUAUUAUUCAUAGCUGCCAACAUAAUUCUUGGUUCCCA